AUGAACGGGCCAGUGGACGGCUUGUGUGACCACUCUCUGAGUGAAGAGGGUGCCUUCAUGUUCACAUCCGAAUCUGUGGGAGAGGGACACCCUGAUAAGAUCUGUGACCAGAUCAGUGAUGCAGUGCUGGACGCCCACCUCAAGCAAGACCCCAAUGCCAAGGUGGCCUGCGAGACCGUGUGUAAGACGGGCAUGGUGUUGCUGUGCGGGGAGAUCACCUCCGUGGCCAUGGUGGACUACCAGCGGGUGGUGAGAGACACUAUCAAGCACAUCGGCUACGACGACUCUGCUAAAGGCUUCGACUUCAAGACUUGCAAUGUGCUGGUGGCUUUGGAGCAGCAGUCCCCUGAUAUUGCACAGUGUGUUCACCUAGACAGGAACGAAGAGGACAUCGGUGCGGGAGACCAGGGUCUGAUGUUUGGCUAUGCCACUGAUGAGACCGAGGAGUGCAUGCCCCUCACCAUCGUCCUUGCUCACAAGCUCAACGCCCAGAUGGCAGAUCUGAGACGCUCUGGUGUCCUCCCCUGGCUGAGGCCGGACUCCAAGACACAGGUGACCGUCCAGUACACACAGGAACGUGGUGCGGUCAUCCCUGUGCGUGUCCACACCAUCGUCAUCUCUGUGCAGCACAACGAGGACAUCACACUGGAGGACAUGCGCACAGCCCUGAAGGAGCAGGUGAUCUGGGCUGUGGUGCCAGCCAAGUACUUGGACGAGAACACCAUCUACCACCUGCAACCCAGUGGGCGAUUCGUCAUUGGAGGCCCCCAGGGGGAUGCAGGAGUCACUGGCCGUAAGAUCAUUGUGGACACCUAUGGCGGCUGGGGUGCUCAUGGGGGUGGUGCCUUCUCCGGGAAGGACUGUACCAAGGUGGACCGCUCUGCUGCGUACGCUGCCCGCUGGGUGGCCAAGUCCCUGGUGAAAGCCGGACUGUGUCGGAGAGUGCUUGUACAGGUUUCCUAUGCCAUCGGUGUGGCAGAGCCUCUGUCUAUCUCCAUCUUCACGUAUGGAACCUCUCAGAGGACAGAGAGAGAGCUGCUGGAUGUGGUCAACAAGAACUUUGACCUGCGGCCUGGAGUUAUUGUCAGGGAUUUGGACUUGAAGAAGCCAAUCUACCAGAAGACAGCAUGCUAUGGUCACUUCGGAAGAAGCGAGUUCCCGUGGGAAAUUCCUAAGAAGCUUGUGUUUUAG